CAUAAGCCCGCGGGUGGCGCGCAGCGCUUGGUGGCGGCGCCUCUGGGAGCGCAGCCGACCCGCUGACCCGGGCGCCGUUCCCCUUGCCCAGCGCGCCCCAGAGGCCGGCUGGAAGCAGAAACAGCAGCAGCAUUAGCUUUAGCAGCGGCGGCGGCUGCUUUGCCGCCGCCGUCUCCGCGGGAGCAUGGAGUGCGCCCUGGACGCCCAGAGCCUGAUCAGCAUCUCCCUGCGCAAGAUCCACAGCUCCCGGACCCAGCGCGGCGGCAUCAAGCUGCACAAGAACCUCCUGGUGUCCUACGUGCUUCGCAACGCGCGCCAGCUCUACCUGAGCGAGCGCUACGCCGAGCUCUACCGGCGCCAGCAGCAGCAGCAGCAGCAGCAACAGCAGCAGCCGCCCCACCACCAGCACCAGCACCUCGCGUACGCGGCGCCGGGCAUGCCAGCCAGCGCGGCCGACUUCGGCCCGCUCCAACUUGGCGGCGGUGGGGACGCGGAGGCGCGCGAGCCUCCCGCCCGGCACCAGCUGCACCAGCUCCACCAGCUUCACCAGCUGCAUCUCCAGCAGCAGCUGCACCAACACCAGCACCCGGCCCCCAGGGGCUGGGCGGCCCCUCCGGCCGCCGCUUCCCCGCCUUCCUCCCCGACCCCUUCCUCCUCCCCCGGCUUCUACCGGGGCGCGUACCCGGCCCCCUCGGACUUCGGCGUGCACUGCAGCAGCCAGACCACCGUGCUAGACCUGGACACUCACGUGGUGACCACGGUGGAGAACGGCUACUUGCACCAAGACUGCUGCGCCUCCGCCCACUGCCCCUGCUGUGGCCAGGGCGCCCCGGGACCGGGCCUGGCGCCCGCCGCCGGCUGCAAGCGCAAGUAUUACCCGGGCCAGGAGGAGGACGACGACGACGAGGAGGACGCGGGCGAGCUGGGGGCCGAGCCCCCCGGGGGCGCCCCGUUCGCCCCCUGCAAGCGCGCCCGCUUCGAGGACUUCUGCCCGGACGCGUCCCCGGACGCGUCCAACAUCUCAAACUUGAUCUCCAUCUUUGGCUCGGGCUUCUCGGGGCUGGUGAGCCGACAGCCGGACUCCUCGGAGCAGCCGCCGCCGCUCAACGGGCAGCUGUGCGCCAAGCAGGCGCUCGCCAGCCUCGGCGCCUGGACUCGAGCCAUUGUCGCCUUCUAGGGACCCCCGAAGGCGCGGGUCCCCGGGUCCCCGCGGGGCUGGGGCCAAACAAAGACUUGGGCUAGGGACGAGAGAAGGGAGUGAGCGGGCGCCCGGCCACUCGGGGCUGACCUGGGGGCGAGCAGUGGGUGGCGGCUGAUGUUUUAUAAAUUGUAAAAUAAAAAGAAAAAGAAAUCUAA